CUGCAAUGAGUGGACUGCGCUCUCCCGGCUUGCUGGGGCUAGUGCUCCUCAUGCUCUCAGCAGGAUAUUGCAAAGAGAAAACCGACUCCACGGAUUUGAAGGACAGGCAAAGUCUCUUAAAUCUGAUCAUGGAGAUUAUUCAGGAACUGAAAAGGUACCACCUGGAGAAGGACAGUGGGGUGCAGUACUUUUCCAAACAUGACUACACCUUAGACCGAAGGGAAGUGGCAGACUAUGGGGGAUAUCAGGAUGAGCAGAGAGUUGAAAUAGUUCCCAGAGAUUUGAGGAUGAAAGACAAGUUUUUAAAGCAUUUAACAGGUCCUCUCUACUUCAGCCCUAAAUGCAGCAAACACUUUCAUCGACUUUAUCACAAUACAAGGGACUGCACCAUCCCAGCAUACUAUAAAAGAUGUGCCAGGCUUCUUACUCGGUUGGCAGUAAGCCCAAUGUGCAUGGAAGGAUAAGAUGUUAUUACCAUGAAAAGAAACACCAGGAACCAAGAGAAGUGCCUUGGAAACCAACAGGGAAAUAGAACUUAUUACCUUUAUAACAUAUUCCAUUGUGAACAAGAGAUUUAUUUUUGCAGAUUGACAGACUACUUCCCAUAAUUCUUUUAACAUGCGUUUUGUAUGCUGUCAACAGUUUGCAGAAUGACAUUCUUUACAGUAGUAUAACUGCCAGUAGUACUUAAUGCUCCAUACUUAAAAAACACACUGUACAACUGAUGUAUAAUUCUGCCAAAAAUUACAUAAACACAAACACUUCACCAAGAAAAUUGAUGUUCUGUUGCUUAAUUCUGAGGUUUUAAGGAAUGUUUGUUUGUAUAUCUAGAACUACUAAAGAUCUGCUCCACAGUAGUUGUGGUCACUUGCUAUUCUUCAUGCUUAUGCAAUUUUUUAAAAGUUUGGUUAAAACAGACUUGCAUUGGGGUCACAUUGUACCCUAGGAGUACAAAUUGCAUGACAAACAAACAUAAUUCCCAGUAAACAUAUUUUUGGGGACAGUGGAGCAUGGAUUUUGUACACACACUAAAGCUGCCAUUAAUCGACUUUAUAUAAUAAAUGUAUAAAACAUUCCAGCUAACGUGCAAUAUGUAAAUACUGUAAAUAAACAUAAGUAAUAAAGUGUUUGGUAUUAACUUA